GAGUCCGGAGCCGGUGCCCAGCAGGUGCCGGGACUGAGUGCGGCCCGAAACGCAGAGGCGGUCCUAUCCAUCCCGCUCCAGUUGUGGCGCCCAGAACUCCGCAGAGGACGCGACGGUGAGGCUGGGGUUGCCCGCCGGGAGGGUGAGGAUCCCUAGACCCAGCCCGCCGCAUCCUCUGACAGCUCGGCUGUGGGGCCGCCUAUCUCAGAUCAGUUCUGCCAGGGUGGGGAGAGGGGCGCCAUGCCCGGCCUGUACUGCCCCUCCAGCUGGACGCCGCUGCCCCUCACCGACUCCUGGGUCCGGGCCUGCGCCAACGGCCCCUGCCUCAGCCUGCGGGCCCGGCUCACCUACCACAACCCGCAGCCGCAGCCGGUGGAAGGCGUGUUCGUGUACCCGCUGGCGGAGGCCGAAGUGGUCUCGGGCUUUGAGGCGGAGGCGGCCGGACGGCGCGUCUCGUUCCAGCUGCAGAGCCGGCGACGCUCACAGGCCGCUUGCUGCCGCGCGCUGGGCCCCGGGUGGGGGGCCUCUACGCCCCGCCGCUGCGCGCAGGGUCAUCUUGUCUUGGAUCUGGCCCAGGCCCGGUCCACACUGGUGCUGCCCACAGGCCUCAUCAAUGCGGCCGGCACCAUGACGGUGACCCUGUGCAGCAGUCAGGAGCUGCCCUCCAGGCCUGAUGGGGUGCUGCGUGUGGCUCUGCCCUCUGUGCUCACCCCACUGGCCUCCUCAGGCCCACCAGGGCCCCCCAGGCCUCCGGGGCUCUGUGACGACAGCCCCACCAGCUGCUUCGGGGUGGGCAGCCCUCAGGAGGAAGGCCUGGCCGGGCAGGAGCCAGCUGCCCCUCAGGAUGUGUUCUCAGGCCCUGCCCGCUGCCCUGCCCCAUACACCUUCUCCUUCGAGAUGCUGGUCACUGGGCCAUGCCUGCUGGCAGGCCUGGACAGCCCCUCUCAUGCUCUGCGGGCAGAUGCCCCACCUCAUGCCAGCUCUGCGGCCACCAUCCGUGUCACACUAGCAGAGGGCCACCGCUGUGACCGGGCGUUGGAGAUCCUGCUGUACCCCAGUGAGCCUCACCAGCCACACCUGAUGCUAGAGGCUGGCAGCCUGAGCUCAGCAGAAUAUGAGGCCCGGGUGAGGGCCCGCCGGGACUUCCAGAGGCUGCAGCGAAGGGACAGUGAUGGGGACCGGCAGGUGUGGUUCCUGCAACGCCGCUUCCACAAGGACAUCCUGCUGAAUCCCGUGCUGGUGCUGAGCUUCUGCCCAGACCUGAGCUCCAGGCCGGGAAACCUGGGCACAGCUACCCGGGAGCUCCUCUUCCUGCUGGACGGCAGCAGUGUAGCACACAAGGAUGCCAUUGUUUUGGCUGUGAAGUCCCUGCCACCACAGACGCUCAUCAACCUGGCCAUGUUUGGCACGGCGGUGCAGCCCCUCUUCCCAGAGAGCCGGCCUUGCAGUGAUGUGAGUACGGUCCGGGGAACCGGGUGGCAGGGGGGAGCUGGUGAAGAUGUCUCAGCCUGGCUGUGGCCACAGCAUGCCUUUUCUUUCCAGGGCACCGUGCAGCUGAUCUGUGAGAAUGUUGAGACCCUGCAGGCUGCAGGUGGCUCCCCAGAUGUGCUGGCUGCUCUGACCUGGGCCAUGGGGCAGCCCCAGCACAGGGCCCACCCCAGGCAGCUCUUCCUGCUGACUGCUGCCUCGCCCUUGGCCGCUGCUACCCAUCAAACCCUGGAGCUCAUGAGGUGGCACAGGGGGGCAGCCAGGUGCUUCUCCUUUGGGCUGGGGCCUGCCUGCCACCAGCUGCUUCAGGGUCUGUCUGCCCUCAGCAGGGGCCGGGCCUACUUCCCAAGGCCUGGGGAGAGGCUGCAGCCCAUGCUGGUGCAGGCUCUGCGGAAGGCCCUGGAGCCGGCUUUGAGUGACAUCUCUGUGGACUGGUUUGUGCCGGAUGCAGUGGAGGCACUGCUGACGCCCCGGGAGAUCCCAGCGCUCUACCCUGGGGACCAGCUGCUCGGUUACUGCUCACUCUUCAGGGUGGACGGUUUUCGGCCCCGCGCCCCAGGGGGCCCAGAAGCUGGCUGGCAGAGCUUGGGAGGCUCUGUGUUCCCAUCCCCAGAGGAAGCACCAUCUGCCACCAGUCCUGGCACUGAGCCCACUGGCACCUCGGAGCUGCUGGGAACAGGCACUGUGUCAGCGGAGCUGUCCAGCCCGUGGGCUGCUGGGGACUCAGAGCAGAGUGAGGACCUGCACGUGGUGUGCAGCUGUGUUGGAGGAGCGGGCCAUGGGAGAGGCCGGGGCUGGGAUCCUUUCUCUUGCCUCCCAGCAGGUGCCGAUGCUCUGACAGACCCAGUCACAGACCCUGGACCCAACACCUCUUCUGAUACAGCCAUAUGGCGCCGCAUCUUCCAGUCAUCGUACAUCCGGGAGCAGUAUGUGCUCACCCACUGCUCCGCCAGCCCAGAGCCGGGUCCAGGUUCCACAGGCAGCAGCGAGUCCCCUGGCUCCCGGGGCCCUGGCUCCCCGGAGGGCAUGGCUCCCCUGCAUCUCCCUUCUCAGCAGGGCUGCCGCAGCCUGGCCUGGGGAGAACCUGCGGGCUCCCGCUCCUGCCCCCUGCCUCCACCCCCACUGGCUCCAGUCAAGUCUGGGGCCUUGAGUGCUGAGGUGCUGGGUCGUCGACACAGAGCAGCUCUGGCUGGCCGGAGCCUCUCAUCCCCCCCAGGCCAGGUGAACCCAGUCCCUGGCUAUCCCCAGCACCUCUCUCUGGGAACAGCACCUGGUGGGCCAGGCCCUGAAUCAGGGCAGCAGCUGGGACAGGGCCUGGAUGACUCAGGAAACCUGCUCUCCCCGGCCCCUAUGGACUGGGACAUGUUGAUGGAACCCCCCUUCUUAUUCACGGCUAUGCCCCCCAGUGGGGAGUCGGCCCCUCCAGCAGAGGCACUGCCUCCUCAGGCUCCACGCUGCCAUGUGGUGAUCCGGGCCCUGUGUGGGGAGCAGCCUAUGUGCUGGGAGGUGGGUGUUGGCCUAGAGACACUAUGGGGACCUGGUGAUGCUGGCUCACCGCCUCUGUCACCCCCUGAAAGAGAAGGUGCUUGGGACCAAGCACUCCAUCGGCUGACAGCAGCCUCCGUGGUCCGGGACAAUGAGCAGCUGGCUCUCCGUGGAGGGGCUGAGGCCAUGGCUGACCGAGGCCAUGCCCGGAGGUCCUGGCUCCGAGCCCUUCAGACAAGCAAGGUCAGCUCAGCCCCUUCCUGCUUCACCUGCCCGGUAGCUGUGGACGCUACCACCAGGGAGGUCCUACCCUCAGCCCUGCAGGUGUGGAGCUCAGAGCUAGCUGAGCCCCCAAGCACUUCUGCCCCUCAGGGCCAUCUAGAUGCAACUCCUCUGCCCACAGCUGUGCACUCUACAGGACUUCAGGGAGGCUCUCUGGUAGGUGGCUGGAACCCGAACCAAAAUGGCAAACCCAAGUCGGCCACCAGAAGUCCUCAGCACCUUCCUCCCCAGCCUCCCUCUAGGCUCAGCCUGGGUGGUGGGAGGGCCAGAGGCUCUGAUGGCCCCCAACUCUGCAGCCCCCACCGGGGCCAGCCUAGCGACAGCAACAGUGGAGGCAGCGACCACGACUACUUGCCCUUGGUGCGGCUGCAGGAGGCACCCGGCUGCUUCCGCCUGGACGCGCCCUUCUGUGCGGCCGUGCGCAUCCCGCAGGAACGCCUGUGCCGUGCUUCGCCCUUUGCGGUGCACCGUGCCAGCCUCAGCCCCACCUUGGCCUCCUCUCCCUGGGCACUCCUGGGACCUGGGGUGGGCCGGGGGGACAGUGCCACGGCCUCCUGCAGCCCAUCCCCCAGCUCAGGCUCCGAGGGUCCAGGCCAGGUGGACAGCGGGAGGGGCUCAGACACCGAGGCCUCGGAGGGCAUGGAAGGGCUGGGCGGUACCGACCUGCGGGGCCGGACCUGGGCCACGGCCGUGGCACUCGCGUGGCUGGAGCACCGCUGCGCGGCCGCCUUCGGCGAGUGGGAACUAGCAGCGGCUAAAGCGGACUGUUGGCUGCAGGCCCAGCGCCUGCCCGAUGGCCUUGACCUGGCUGCCCUCAAAGCAGCCGCCCGGGGUCUCUUCCUGCUGCUCCGCCACUGGGACCAGAACCUGCAGUUACACCUGCUGUGCUACAGCCCAGCAAAUGUGUGAGGGCCCGCCCACUGCUCUGGCUGGCACUGCCCCACACACUCAAGUCACUGCCACCCAGGGCGGGCUUCUCGGUACUGGGAGGGGCAGGCUGGUGUCCGCCUGACCCCCACUGCUUCUUAUUCCCUUCCCAGAACCCCCCUGCCCUCACAGAAAGUGCCUGCCU